AUGGCCGCGCCCGCGCAGACGAUGCGUGCAUGGCUGUACACGUCGGCUUCUGGCGGCCUUGAGCACGCCCUCAAGCUGUCCGAGGCGGCCCUGCCGCCCCUUGCCAAGGACCAGAUCCGAGUCCAGGUCCACAGCACCUCCAUCAACCCCAUCGACUACAAGCUCCCCGAGAUGGGCGUCCUCGCCCGGGCCAUGAUCCCGGUCCCGGCAGCUCCGGGGUUGGACUUUGCCGGCACCGUCGCCCGGGUCGGCGGGGACGUCGAGGCCGCCGACACCUUCCGCGUGGGCGAGAAGGUCUACGGCCGGAUCGACCCCGCGCAGCAUGGAACUCUCGGGGAGUAUGUCACCGCCAAGACCGAGUGGCUAGCCCGCCUGCCGGAGGCUGUGAGCCUGGAUGAGGCCAGCUGCGUGGGCACGGCGGGCAUCACGGCGUACCAGGCCAUCGUGCCCAACGUCAAGGCCGGCGACAAGGUGUUCAUCAACGGCGGAAGCGGUGGCACGGGCACGUUCGGCAUCCAGGUGGCAAAGAGCGUGGGCUGCCACGUGACUGCGAGCUGCUCCGGGAAGAACGUGGACCUGUGCAAGAGUCUGGGCGCAGACGAGGUCAUCGACUACACCCAAGCCAACGUGAGCGAGACCCUGAAGGCCAAGGGGCAGGUGUUCAAACUGGUCGUGGACAAUGUCGGCGCGCCUGCCGACCUCUACAAGGCCGCAGACCACUACCUCCUCCCGGAAGGAAAGUUCGUUCAGAUUGGUGGAGGCAUGUCGCUGUCGGACAUGAAGACCAUGACUUCCAGGAUGGCCAUACCCUCGUUCUUGGGAGGAGGGAAGCGCAGCUACCAAUUCAUGUUGCUGAAGACCAAAAAUGACGACCUGGUGCAGUUUGGAAAACUGAUGAGCGAAGGCAAGGUCAAGGCGGUAAUUGAUGAGAAGUUCGCCUACGAGGAUGCCCCGAAGGCGUUCGCGAAGUUGAAGACAGGACGAAGCAAGGGAAACCUCGUGAUCAAGGUUUCGCAGUAG